AUGCUGCGCAUCUGUCUAUUCGUGAUUCUUUGCUUUUCAACACAUCGUGAGGUGAACACCCGCAUAGAGCUCUUUGCCAAUCAGGAUCCGAGCUUCCUCCUCGUCAACAAGAUGUACCCCACGAUGCCGCUUACAAUCUUUGAAACCGACAAGGAACAGGAAAUAUUCCUUCCUGUUGGUCUGUCAGAAAUAUCUGAAAGCGCGCUUUCCUUCCAGCUGUUCCACUCGUACUACGAAGGCCUGCACAAGAACUUCUACUUUGAAUGGAACGGUGAUAAACGAACACGUGUGUUGCCAGAAGGUGAUUAUCUGCAGGCUCGUCGUGGUCGUAAGAACAUUCUGACCGGCAUGACAGCGCAUCCCAUCCAUAACUCAUUGUUCAUCAAGAUAAUGUACAACGGAAAGUGUCUUGAGGCGUUGAAAACAAAAAGCCGGUACAGAGAUGCACACCCCCUGCGAUUUGUUGAUUGUGCAGACUCAAAUUAUCAGCGAUUCAAGUUCGUCAGUCAUGCAAAGGCUGUAUGCAUACUGGGACUAGAAGAGUGCACGCACAGAAACGAGGACAUUUUCAGGGCAGAAGAGGUGUUGAGGAGCAGAGUGCAUCACUUCAUAAUCAACAAGUGAGCAUGAGUGGUUCAAAGGAUGUGUUUGUGGAUGCUAAUAUGAGUGACAAUCAACCGAUCUGAUGAGAAUGGUUGUUGUGGUGUGAGAGCCGGUCGCUUUGCGAAGUACUGUGGUAUUGGCGAAUUGAUGGUCAUUGUUCAAGAGCGAGCUGAAAAGAACAGCACUUAUGAUCCGGUAGAAUGCCGAGCAAAGUAUGAUCCGUGAUUAAAUCUUUUUGAUGUGUUCAAACUCUG